CCAUUCUUAGAUGCUCCCGCUGGUGCAAAACUCAUUACCAUUCCCAGAAACACCACAGUGCUUCGCAAUAGUCUCUUCACUUUAAUAUGCCAAGCUGAUGCUAGUCCUGAAGCUGAAUUUAAAUUGUAUUUUAAUGGUCGCUUCAUCAAAAUUAGCAGCUCCGGGAUAUUUCAUGUAACUGUGAUGUCUGAUGGUUCUUACACGUGUGUUCCUAUCAAUAAAGUUGGCGCAGGAAAGAAUGCCAGUGUCAUUGUCACGGCUGUCGAUGCUCCAGUAGUCACAGUUUCACCGGAGGUAAAAACCGUCGACGAGGGGAGCAACUUGAAUUUGACAUGUGCUACGUUUGGGAAACCGAAACCCAGCAUUAAGUGGACUGAGGUUGGCUGUUCUGAUGUUCUCUCAAAUGCCUUACUACUCACCAUUGUGAAUGUAACCAGACCUAAGACACCAAACAGCAAAAUCCAGUAUCAAUGCAGAGCUAGCAAUGGAGUGGGGACACCUACCAUAGCUACAGCCAUCAUCAUAGUGAACUAUCCAGCGGCGAUCACUAACCCCGGAAAUCAGACAUUCAGUAAGAAAUCUGGAGAGGAGGUUAGCUUUUCUUGUUAUUAUGACGGUUAUCCAACACCAACAGUUACGUGGACAAAGGAUGAUGUCGUCAUGAAUUGGAAUUCUGAAGAUAAUCCCAGUAAAGUUACUUUUCAUGUAAAAGAGUCCAGUCGUGGGUUGUAUCGCUGCAAAGUUGAAGAUGGAUUAAACAUGGUUUACAAAUGGUUUCACCUCAGUAAGUAGAUUUGAUCUAAAGUUAUGCAACGUAGCGAUUUUGAAAAGUUUCUUGCGUUUCAUUUCUUUUAAAUGAUGCGACACUAUAAAGUAACAGAAUUAUUGGCA